UGUGAGGUUAAGUACGACGGGCGACACGGAACAAUCAAAACACAAAGUUUAGGGGUGGAGAACGGACGUGAAAAAUUGUAAAAAUCCCAGAAUUCGUGACUCCCAAGUGCAGUGAAAAAGACCCAAAGCAGCCAUGGCGAUGUCAAAGACGACAAAUACGUACAAUAGGCAAAAUUGGGAAGAUUCGGAGUUCCCAAUUCUCUGCCAAACCUGCCUCGGUGACAAUCCCUAUGUCCGGAUGAUAAAGGAACGCUACGGGAAGGAAUGCAAGAUCUGCAAUCGCCCCUUUACAAUCUUCCGGUGGUGCCCUGGUGCGAGGAUGCGCUUCAAGAAGACCGAAAUCUGCCAGACGUGCAGUAAGCUGAAGAAUGUCUGCCAGACGUGUUUGUUGGACCUUGAAUAUGGGCUUCCGACGCAAGUUCGCGAUGCAGCGCUAAAGAUUCAGGAUGAUCUACCGCAGAGUGAUGUGAAUAAGGAGUACUACAUCCAGAAUAUUGAUAAUCAGCUCAAGAACACCGAUGGAACGUCUCCGGCGGGAGCUGUGGGGAAAUCCAUUGCUGCCAGUGAUAUGCUGGCCAAGUUGGCACGGACGUCGCCCUACUACAAGCGCAAUCGCCCCCAUAUUUGUUCUUUCUGGGUGAAGGGGGAGUGCAAAAGAGGCGAGGAGUGCCCAUACAGGCAUGAUAAGCCCAAUGAACCCGAUGAUCCCCUUUCGGAGCAGAAUAUCAAGGACAGAUAUUACGGAGUUAAUGAUCCUGUAGCUGAUAAGAUUAUGAAGCGUGCAGCGAGUCUACCGACGCUGGAUCCGCCGGAGGAUAAGAGCAUAACGACGCUCUAUGUGGGCAACAUUGGGGAGCAUAUCACGGAGACGGAUAUAAAGGAUCAUUUCUACCAUUAUGGGGAGAUAAGGACAAUCACAGUCCUCCCACGGCAGCAAUGUGCCUUUGUGCAGUACACAAAGCGCAGUGCCGCGGAAUUGGCGGCUGAGAAGACCUUCAAUAAGCUCGUCCUGGGCGGACGGAGGUUAACCAUCAAGUGGGCUCAUUCGCAGGCUAAGCAGUACGUCCCAAGCAUGCCACGUCUCCAGCGCAACUACGAACCCGUCCCUGGGCUACCGUCAACGCUCCCACUACCGCCCAAUCCCACGGAUUACUUCAAUCUCCAAGUAGCCGACAUGACGGUUCUCCCGGCGGGGAUGAAGCUGCAUCAAUUGCCGCCUGGAGUCAUCCCUGGGGCCCCACUGCCGCCCAUGUACAGCUCAGGGGCUCCCUUCCAGCCAGUUCAUGUUCCCGCCACAGCUGGGAUGUCGCUUCCGGCUACAACUUCCGUUGCAGCACCCAUCAUGGAGCACCACGUGCCCCCCAUUGAUGCAGGAACAGUACACUAUCCCAGCCAGGAUCCAUCGCGUCUUGGAUCUCUCAAGAAGUGAAUGAACAUUCUUUUAUAAAAAAAAAAAAAGAUUUUAAUGAAAAUAAAUAAUUUUUCAAGCUUGAA